GCCACUGGUUCAACUUCUCGUCUUGUCUUCCUCAGCAGAGUCCUACUGUUUUUGGCGCCAGGGGAAGGCAGCAGGUUUAAGUAACUCGUAUUGAGCACCUGCCAGAUAUCAGUCUCAGCAUGAUCCCUCCUUGAUCCUGUUGAGUUGCUGGACCGGUUGUUCAUUGCCUUGAUCUAUUGGACCGGCUGUCAGCAGUUCUUCUUUUAUCUUCCAAGUCCUUCCCUGAUUCACAUCUGAUUCCCUCUAGCUAUACUGCACUGAAAAUGGCAGAAAGCUUGACGGAACCGCAUGCCACAAUUGCCCAUGAGCGAGAUCGCCAGCGACGAGAUCCGCCGGACUCAGAGCAACCCUCCACUAGUUACAAUCCUGAGGCAGACGAGGAUCACGAUGGGCUGGGUUUUAUUGAGUACAUGAUAGCGGGAUCUGUUGCCGGCAUGGUUGAGCAUAUGGCCAUGUUUCCGGUUGACACCAUCAAGACGCGGAUGCAGGCCUUGGGGCCGAUGGGAAGCUCCGGUGUCAGGGCGCCCCCCCACUCGACAAUCGCCAAGGCGGUUUCUUCCAUCAUGAGACGGGAAGGCGCGUCGGGGUUGUACCGAGGGAUUGGGGCGAUGGGUUUGGGGGCGGGGCCUGCGCACGCUGUAUACUUUGCAGUAUAUGAGGCCGCGAAAUCGAAACUGGGGGGGAACCGAAAAGGGCACCACCCGCUGGCGCACGGAAUGGCGGGGGCGAUCGCCACGGUGGCGAGCGACGCGGUUUUGACGCCGAUGGACGUUGUGAAGCAGCGGUUGCAAUUGCGGGACAGCCCGUACCGGGGGGUGGCCGAUUGCGUGCGGCGGAUUUUGAAAGAGGAGGGCGUGCGGGCGUUCUAUCGGAGCUACCCGACGACGCUCGUCAUGAAUGUGCCUUUCACGGCCGUUCACUUCGCCACGUACGAGGCUGUCAAGCGAAUGUUGGGCCAGUCGGCGGGGGAGGACCGGUUGCUGACGCACGUGAUUGCGGGGGGUGCGGCGGGCGCGCUAGCGAGCGGGGUGACCACGCCCCUUGACGUCGUCAAAACUAGGUUGCAGACCCAGGGUGUGACGUGUCGGCAGUACAAGAGCAGCAACGUGUUCAAGACGAUGAAGCUGAUUGUGCGCGAGGAGGGCCCGCGCGCGCUGUGGCGCGGGUGGCGGCCGCGCAUCAUGUUCCACACGCCGGCAGCCGCCAUCUGCUGGAGCACGUACGAGGCCAUGAAGGGCGUCCUCACAAAGAUCGAUGCGAAAAUCGAUCACGUGGGCGACGGGGUUCGAUAGCUCCGGUGAAGUUAGACGCACGGAAGUACCUUCUAUGCUUCUGUAAAAGGGCAUUUACAGCAACGUUGACGCAAAAGCGGAGGAGGCAAUUGACGCGCAAGUGGAGAAACGAACGGAUGGGUCAGAUAGCUUUGCCCAUGCAAGCUGGAACAAGAGCGACACUGAAUGUUGCGCCUUGCUUCAAAGGGCGUCUUUCGAUGUUGGACGCGAAAGGGAGCUUGCGGCCGACGGGAGUUCAGUAGCUGCGAUAAACCAAGAAACAAUCAGCGACGUAUGGUUGGACGUGUCAAUUAUUUCAGUGGGCGAAGCGCGCUCCUUGAGAUUUGAGAA